AUGUCCGCAGACGCAGUCCCGAACACCACGAUCAGGCUGUCGGACGAAAUUGACCGGCUGUUAGAGCAGUAUCUGCAGUUGCUCGAUCAAUACACGACCCUGCGUUCCUCACUCAGCAAAACACAAUCAACAAUCUACCAAAGCAUUGCCCGCGCCAACUUUUCUGCGGAGCGCGGGGUCCGAUAUGGCGCCGACUUCUACGAUGAACGUAUACAGGCGACAAGAGUAUGUCGUGUGACGGUCCCUGGCCACAUAAACUCGGAGAAUCCUACGGGUACAAGAACAAGCGCGGCUGCAUACACGGUGGUGUCAACGGCUUGCCUGGAGGACGAUGCUGCUAGUGGAAUGGCUAAGAAAGAUGAUAUUGAUCCGAAUGAGAAGGAGAACGCUAGGGAACUAGACGAAGAGAAAGACAACGGGCAGGCAGAGACCAAGCCAAGAUCUAGAGAUCCAAUUCGCAUAUUCGGGGUCUUCGUGCCGCCAGCUUUGAAGUUGGCACAGAGCGAAGCUGUCAAGAUGAUAGAAAAUAUCAUCCCAAAGCUUGUAAGCGUGGAUGCAGAGAUGAAGGAGGUUGAGAUCAAGAUCGGGAGAGCGAGGAAGCAUCGUUUAAAGGAGCAGGCAAAAUUAGAAGGGUUGGACAGGGACGCAGCAUCCGUGGGGUAG